UCUCAAGAAACCAAAGCAAAAGCAGUAGCGGCACCUCUCUGUCUCUGAGCUAUGGCUCUGGAAGCGUACGCCUCGCGAAACCCAGACACCGUCCACACCGACGUGCUCUCCGAAGCCAGACAAGCUUGCUACAAGGCUCGCGAUGCCUUCUAUGCGUGUUUGGAAAAGGAAUCCAACAAGGCACCCACGGAGAUCGCUUCGGUGGGGCUGUUAUACCCAUCCGAGUGCAAAGGAUCGAGGGCCGAGUUUGUGAAACACUGCCGGGCUUCUUGGGUGAAACAUUUUGAUAGGCAGUACUGCCGGAACAGGAGGGUGCAGAGGCUUUUAGAUGACAAGGACUCAAGGCGAGGUCCGUUGACGCUUCCACAGCCUUACACUUUCAAGUCCCCAAGUUAGAAUUUUGGCUUUCUGGGCCUUCUUGAAAUGCUGUUAGUUUUGUUGGGUAUAGAUGGAUUUGCUGUACAGUGAUGAAAGUAUAGGAUGCGUUGCCUUUCAAUCUAAAUUUUUAUGGUCAAUUAUAUGUAAGGAAAAAAGUAUUUGUGCAUGUUUUUUUGUGUGAUUUUGAUUGAUUAAUGCUUUUACGUUGGUUGGGGGUACUUAGCUUGUAGAAACUCAGUCAAGCUUUAGGAGCAAAAAGUAAUGUAGUAGUAUUUGAAUGUUACCAUCAUUAGGUUGAGUUUAUCGACUUUUGGCAGGGGUGUAAAGCUUCACUUGGCCCCUAAUGAAGAUGGAAGCAAUUAUCAUGGUCUGUUAUUGGGUGAAUCUUGCAUGCCGUAUUGAAGUUAGUGCAAGGACCCUAGAACGGUUUUGAGGCUUGCAGGAAUAUCACCGCACAAGGAGUCUGUAACUGCUUGCUGUCCUUUGUUAUUGGCAUUAGAAAAUAAAUUGGAAAGUUGUGUA